AUGUACAUCGAACGUUCUGACUAGGUUAAGCUUCCUUCCUUGUUAUUGCAUUGAUAUUUUCUGAAGGAUAGACAUUGUAUGCAUACUUUGAUUCUGUUAGUUUCAGAUGGACAUUAUUGGUAAAACAAAAUCGAAAUGAACAUGGGUUGUACUACUAGUAUGUUUCUACCAUUGACGCUGAUGUUGAUGGCGUAUCUCGCAGACGCUGAAGUUAGAUUAACUACAUCCUCAACGAUACCCCGCACAUCUGAGUUAUUUAAAUUAACAUGUUCUACGACUGGGACAGAAAAUGUAUCUUGGUUGAAGGACGGUGAAUUUCAGUCAACCUGUUUAGUACUGUCACCGAGCUGCUACACGUUACCCUCGUCUCCUUUCAAGUUUUCAUCAGACAAUGAUUCUAAGUCAUCUGUUUUAACAAUAACAGACGUAUCAAUGGAUUCCUGUGGGAACUUCACUUGCAGUGACAAGUCGGGAAACAAGGAUAGCGUUCAAGUAAAUGUCAUACAUUUUAACAGCGACGAUCUUCUCCAAACCAUCGAACCAGUUCAGGAAUCAAGCGGAACGAUAACUGUUACAACAAACUGUAUCUUUCCGAAUUAUGUCACUAUCCAGUGGAUUAAAGUUCAGAACGGUAUAGAUAUUGGUGCAAUUGAAAAUUACACUCAAAUUACUGAAAAUUGUAAAGCCAACUGCGCUGGGUCUCCGGCUGUUAAAAUUCGAACAUCAUUUCAACACAACGAAGCGAAAGGAAAGUAUAUUACUGCUGCAUAUAAAGUUGUUAUAAAACACUGGGACGUUGUCGAACCAAUCACCUGGACCUCACAGCUUUAUAAAAUAGAAGUUAAUACUAGAAUGACGUCAGAAGGUUCAGACAACAAACGCUCUAUAUUAACGCUUUUUGCCACAGUAUUGGGGAUCAAAAUGAUUAAAAGUAUUCAUGUUUGGUGAAUUCAACAGCAAAGGAACUAUCUCAAAAUAGAACAUCCCACAGUGAUGUAUUUCUUUCCAAGAUUUGUAACAGUAUUGUUAAAUAAUAAAUAACACGGAAUCUACAUCAAUCUGCACUUUUGUAGUUAUAAGAAUGGAUUGAUUGAACUUAAAAGCACGAUCAAAUACGGAAUCAAGAAGCAACAUGGACUAAAAAGAGAACUGUUAAUGCAAAUAAGGGGUUAAGGGGAUCUCACUCCCCCCCCCAAAAAAAAAAAAAAAACACACGAACUUUUGGCGUUUUUUAUUUUACAGAAGUGCAUUCUGGUGUAUUUCAUGCACCGUUGUAUCACCAUAUACACAUCAAAAUAUCACUUAAGAAAAGCUGAUAAAACCUUGUCUAUGGUUAAUCCCGUGCAUAUAGAUUAAGAGGAAUAAGUUCAAAUUGCAAGUUUAGUCUAUCUAAACAAACAUAGUCUGCAUGAUGGGUUUAUGUUAUAGCUAAACUAUACUCCACUUGUUUGUCUAUUCAACUUGCUCUGUGUAAACUUACUGACUUAUCAACCUGGUGAUAGUAAAUUGUAAAUAUUAUUUGCAAAUAACAGAUCUAUAUUCAAGGACAUGAAGUUGUUAUCAGAAUAAAAUAUCGAAAGACGAGCUUAUGAAUAUGCCUUUUGAGUCACGUACAUCUACCGCUACGAUAAACGUAUUUAUUCAUCGAAUGUUGUUGUUGUUGUUGUUGUUGUUGUUGUUGUUGUUGUUGUUGUUGUUGUUGUUGUUGUUGUUGUUGUUGUUGCUGCUGCUGCUGCUGCUGUUAUUGGAUCGUUAUAAUUUGUAUUUUUAUCAAAGAAUCAAUAUAACACAAAUGAGUAAUGUAC